CCCAUAAUCUGAGGAGUUAAAUGAUUUCUGAGUAGAGAAUCAGUCAGUGGAAGGUUGUAUAACUGGAUCCACCCGGUCCUCCGGUUUUACUAGGCAAUAUGUUAUUGAACUCAAUAACAUAAAGGCUGGAGGGCGGAUUUGCUGUCAGGGUUGUAGGUUUGAAUCCUGCCCAGUGACCUUUCUGCAUGGCGUUGGCAGGUAUUCUCUCUAAAACCAUUAUCUUUCUUAACAACACUGCCAUGUCUGACUGUGGGUCCAGGGUUCGCUCUGGUAUCUGUAACGGACUGAUUAAAGCUAAAGCUAAAUAAAUAAUCAGCUGCAUGUUAUGGAUUGGUCUCAAUGACUUUUAAAAGUAUUGAUCAAAAUGGUUUUCCAUACUUUAACUUCCAAGUACGUCAUCAUUCACCUUUUAAGGAAACAGCCAAUCAGAGCAGAGUACAGCAUCCCUCCCUUAAACCGAGUUGGUAUAGUAGCGCCAAGCUGUCGCCAGGUGGCGCAAAGAGGAAAUCUGAUUAAAGUUCGUUUAUAUUCAGACUUUUAAGUUGAAAUUCCCUCCACCGGAAGUUGUGUUUUAUAUCGUUGAUCCGUCACUCAUCAGCUGUACAGAUCCGCUCUGACCCACUUUACAGUGCAGAGGGCCAGAACCAGCGGCACAUCUCCGCUACCGAACCCUGGGAGGCGGCCUCACAGCUGGCAGAACACCCGAACCGGGACGGAGCUCCGGAUCUAGCCCCGGUUCCUGGAGAGAUGACCGCAGCUGUUAGCCUGAAGGUGCCUCAGCUCGACUGAAUCCGGAUUAGACAGCGCGGCGCCAGAGCCUCCUGAGGCGGCCAUGUUGGAUCUGGUGGUCAGGGUUCUGGUGUCGACCCGUCUUCACCCGUCGCCUCACUGCAGCUCACUGCCAACCUAACUCCUCUUCCUCAUCUUCAUCUGCUCUUCUGUCCCGGAACCAGAACCAGAACCAGAACCAGGUUCUGGUACCAGGUGGAAAAUGUCCGGCGGCCCUCCGGACCUGCUCGGCUGGCGCUGGCCUCACCUGCUGCUGCUGGCCCGCCUGUGGUUCCUGGCUCCGCCCACAGGCCAGGCGGCCGCCCUUUGCCGGGUCUCCGGCGGUGUCCUGGGGAUCCACUGGAGCAGCACCCUGAGCCUGGGCUGGUUCCCGCUGGCGUCCGGCCAAGGCGGCGCCACCUGCUGGGAGACGUGCUGCCUGCGGCCGGGCUGCGGCGCCGUGUGGAGCGUCGGCGGGCGCUGCGUGCUGCUGGGCUGCUCCAGGACGGACGGCUGCGGCAUCUCCGCCCUGCCGCAGCCGCACCAAGAGUCGCUGGGGCUGCUGCAGCUGCUGGCCAAGGGUCCGGCCAGGAUGAAGCGCAGGAAUCCUCGACAUGCUGGAAGACGCAGCUUCAUCACCAUGGAGACGCUGCGCGCCGCUCCCACAGCUCCCAGCAGCUCUAGUCUGCCGCCGACCGCCCAGCAGAACCUCAGCCUGCCGGCCAAUGGCAGCUCAGACGGCGUUCCCGUUUUGCCGCCGCAGAACGCCACCGUCGAUCCCACCGCGUCCUCCAACUACACGGCUGAGGCUCCGCCCCCAGCAGUCAGGGAGUUGGUGGUUUCGGCCGGAGAGAGCGUGGAGGUGACGCUGCCGCGGAACGAGGUGGAGCUCAACGCCUACGUGGUCCCGACACCCCAACCAGGAAGCAGCUACGCCUUCGACUGGCAGCUGAAGACGCAUCCCAGAGAUUACAGCGCACAGGUGGAGGGCAACAAGGGACAAACACUGAAGCUCAGCGAGCUAACAGUGGGCCUGUACGAGUUCGAGGUGACGGUGACGGACGGGGACAGCGCUUUUGGGCGGGGCUACGUCAACGUCACCGUCAGACCAGAGCCACGCGUAAACAAACCCCCGGUUGCCACGGUUUCCCCCAAGGACCAGGAGAUCUCCCUGCCGAUCAGCUCCACGGUGAUCGACGGCAGCCAGAGCACCGACGACGACAAGGUCGUGACCUGGCAUUGGGAGGAGGUCAAAGGUCCCUUGAGGGAGGAGAAGGUCUCUGCCGACACACCCAUCCUCACCCUCACCAACCUGGUUCCUGGGAACUACACGUUCAGUCUGACCGUCACGGACUCGGACGGCGCCACGGACUCGACCCAGGCUACCCUCUCUGUCAACAAAGCCAAGGACUACAAGCCUGUAGCCAACGCCGGCCCAAACCAGGCCAUCCAGCUGCCGAGGAACUCCAUCACGCUAUACGGCAACCAGAGCACGGACGACCACGACAACCUGAGCUACGAGUGGUCGCUGAGCCCAGAGAGCAAGGACAAGGUGGUGGAGAUGCAGGGCGUGCGGACGCCGAUCCUGCAGCUGUCGGCCAUGCAGGAGGGAGACUACACCUUCCAGCUGACGGUGACGGACUUGGCAGGACAGCAAGACACGUCCAAGGUCAUCGUCAUCGUGCAACCGGAGAACAACCAGCCUCCGGUGGCGGACGCCGGGCCGGAGAAGGAGCUGACACUGCCGGUGGAUGAAACCACGCUGGACGGCAGUAAGAGCAGUGACGACCAGAAGAUCGCCACGUACCACUGGACCAAGACCAGCGGUCCGGACGGCGUGAAGAUCAACAACGCAGACAAAGCUGUUGCCACGGUAACGGGCCUGGAGGUCGGGGAGUACCAUUUCACGCUGAUGGUGGCGGAUGACAGGAAGCUGGAGAGCAGCGACACGGUGAAGGUCAUCGUCAGAGAAGAAAAGGACCAGCCUCCUGUGGCCCGGGUCCUGUCCAGCCCGCCAGUCUCCCUGCCCGUCAGAACCGCCGCCCUGGACGGGUCUCGCUCCUCGGAUGAUAAAGGCGGCCUGAGUUUCCUGUGGAGCCGAGACGACAGCAGCCCGGCGGCGGGGGAUGUCCUGAACAACUCCGACCACCAGGCUGUGCUGUUCCUGGGGAACCUGGUGGAGGGGAAGUACAGCUUCACGCUGCAGGUGACCGACAGCAAAGGACAGAGCAGCUCAGACCGGGGAACCGUGGAGGUCCGACCCGACCCUUGGCAGCGGGACCUGGUCGAGCUGGUCCUGGAGGUCUCAGUAUCCCAGGUGUCCCAGCGGCAGCGGGACCUGCUGCUGCGUCAGGUCGGCGUCCUGCUCGGCGUCCUGGACGGUGACAUCAUCGUCAGGGAGAUCGGCGCCUUCGACGAGCACAGCACCCGGCUGGUGUUCCUGGUGUCGGGCGGUCCGGGGCGCCCCCCGCUGUCCGGACGCAGUGUCACGCUCAGCCUACGCAGCAAACUACGCAAACAGAAGAACGACUUCCUGAUCUUCAAGGCGCAGCGCGUAGACACGGUCGUGUGCCAGCUGAACUGCUCCGGACACGGAGAGUGCGACUCGUUCACCAGGAAGUGCGUCUGCCGGCCGUUCUGGAUGGAGAACUUCCUGAGAGCCGAGCUGGGAGAGGCGGAGAGCAACUGUGAGUGGAGCGUUCUGUAUGUGACCAUAGUGUCCUUUCUGAUUGUGGUUGCCGUGGCAACGCUGAUCUGGUCGGUGGUGUGUUGCUGCAACAGACGAAGAAGUAAAGUUCGCCGCAGUAAAAGUCGAUAUAAAAUUCUGGAAGGUGAAGAGCAGGAAGUGAUGGAGCUGCAGCUGCCCAGAAUCACGCGCCUGAAGCCGGCCCCCGGCCCCGCCUCCUCGGCCCUCAUGCACUCGGACUCGGACCUGGACAGCGACGAGGGCCAGGAGCGCGGCCACCUGCUGCGGCCCCAGAACGGCUCCCUGAACAACGGCCAGGGGCCCCCAAGGACCAAGAAGCCCCGCGAGGAGCUGCUAUAGCGCCGGGUCUAGCCAGAACCGGGUUCUCAUGGGUUCUGGGCCGCUGGGUACUCACUGUGAGACGAUGUCUACUGAUGGACGCAUCACUUCCUGCUUCAGCGACGUGCCGGCUGGGCGCGCUCACACCGCAACCAAACACUGCCACCAAACCAGAGCUACCGACCCAAAGCCGGUCCAGAUCCCUGCAUGAGGACUGCCGGGCCGGAUUGGACCGGGCCGGAGGUUCUGCUGCAUGUCUGCGUGUUUCCUGUGUUGUUGACCCACCGGACGGUCCGAGUGGGCUUUUAUUCUGAAAUCCUGUCGCACACUGGAGAGCAGCCUGUUAAGGCGCUGACUGAGCCCCUCCUCUGAGAUGCUGCUGAUGAACUUUGACCCCGUUCUGUCUCUGGUGUUGCUUUGAAAUCAGCCGGUGGGUUGGAUUCAAAGCUGGUCGCUGCAGACAGGAAGCUCACAUGGGAGAAAAACUGAAAGCUUCUCCGACUGUGUGCCUCAUUUUAGCUUCGGUUUUAUUUCAAUAAAAGCUUUUACUUUCCUAUUAAAGGGGAAACAGGAUGGGAUUUUAAUCUGUAGUCUUCCUGCUUAGACAGGUCGUCACCAGAACCCUGAUUUUUAUCUGGAUGAUGAGCUUUUAAUUGAAUGUUUUCUUAUUUAUUUUGCUCGAUUAUACUUUGUCCUGAAAAGCUCAUAACUUCUAAAGCUGAGGAAUUUAAAUAGUUUUGAGAAAAUAUGUGAAAACUGAAUGUUGCUUUUCUAAAAAUCAAAAGAGGAAAUUAUAGAUUCAGAUGUGAAGCAGGAGAUUGAUGAGAAGGUUUCCUCUGAUCUGCUCAACCAGAACCACCAUGAAGCAGCCUGGUUGUUUCCUGGCCGGGGGAAGAAACGCAGAGCGACACCAUGUUGCUUCUACUCAUCCAUCUGUCCUCUUGAUUUUCAGCUCCUGUUACCUGUAGGACCUCAGCUCUGCAGAUUUCACUGUGAAGCCAGAACAGGGAGGCACUGGUUGUUUUUCUAAUGUUUAAUGAGGAAUCGUCUUCCCGUCUAUCUGUGGUCAAACCUAAUGAAACUGGAUCAUCUGUAAAUCUAAAUAAAAUGUUUUAAAAGUUUA